AUGGAUUCGGACUCUGACUCUUACGAAAAACCAGACGGGAAUCACCCGAGGGACACCGUUGGGCCUGCCGUUCUGAUUUUUUCUACUCGAUCUGUCUUUGCUGAGGCUGAGACUUCAACCCCACUCUACCAAGUAAACAGUGACAUCAGAUCAAUCUCGAAUAAGGACUCGUCCGUGGCAUUCGAAAGAGUCGAAGAUGUACCCGAGGUUGACGGCAUCACUGCUCGAACGCCAGGGAAGCGACAUUUGUUCUACCUAGCACACCCCGUGAAUGCGCGAUACCGGACCGACAUACCUGCUAGGUACUACAUCACUUCUGCGGUUUCCGAGGCCGUAGGAAAUAUUCGCCUCGAGAUUUCCGUGGCACGGCUGCAAAGGACGUCCUUCAAGGCAAUGUUGAGUGCGAAAAAAACCGCAUCGGAUAACCCUUUAUUCAACGAGGGCACACACGAAGUUCUUUUGUUUGAUAUCCAACCAAAUUGGAAAUUUGGUCGCAAUUGCUAUGAGUGGAGCGAUCUCAAUGGAGAACAGGUGGCUGUUGAAGAAAAAGAGAACGAUCGAUAUAAACUAUCGGUUACCACAAGUACGUCGCAGGAGUUGAGGGAUGCACUGGUUGCUACAUGGCUACUGAGGCUGUGGUAUGACACGGCCGAAAGUAAACAAGCUAGAAGGGAAUUCUUUGAGAGUAUGGCUGCACCAGAAGCGUAUAAAGAAAGCAUGGAUCCGUACAUGCCGAGACAGUGCAUAAUGAUAUGA